AUGCAACCUAGGGCAAAUGCUCUCCUACCAAGACUGAUAGCGAUGAAGAUCCGUUGCGACCUAGAAGGCCGGCGCAGUGGUAAAUGUAGCCGUUGCGAGCGUAUAGGCUAUACGUGUCAACCUCACAUUGGAAAGCGAAGGAGAGCCCUCCACGCUUCGCUCUAUUCGUCACAUACAAGUAUCCCGUCGCCAAGCCGAGCAGUCCCUGUGACACAGGAAAGCACAGUACAGGAAGCACCAUCUCCCUUUCGUCAUCUUGGCCGCCGGGAUAUAACAUGUGUGGGACCUGGGGAUGUCAACGGCUCGCAACAGCCGAAUUCCAUCGAUGGCAGUCAGCUCAUCCUAGACAUAAGCCAAGCUUGUCGUCUUCCAUCCCCCAUCAUCGCCCAAGCGCUUACCGAUUUCUAUUUCCGUGAGCUGUUCUACUUCGUCCCGGUUUUGGAUCGUGGGCAAUCCGAGAUAGAAACCUCUACUUUGUUACAGCAAUGCCUGUGUUUCGCGGGAAGUACCAUGCGUCAAACAGCAGGGCCAGCCGAGUGGACCACGUUUGCCAUCUACGGGCGGAUCAGAACAUUGCUCUUUCUGAACCACGAUCCAGCUCCAUUGAAUAUGCUCAGCGCUCUUUGCAUCCUCAGCACCUGGUUUCCAUAUUCCCCUGAUGCGAUAGUGCUAGACAACCCGUGGCAAUGGGCUGGUAUGGCAAUCCGACUCGCGAUUCAAUUGCACUUACACGAGAAUGAGACGUACAGCAGAUUAGAGGAUCCAGGAAGAGCGCGCAGGAUGUGGUGGUAUCUCUUUAUCAACGAUACAUUGCAGACGGCCUGCUGUGGGCGUCCUGGAAUGUUUCCCCUGGAAACCUCUGUGCCACUGCCUGUUCCGAGUGACUUCAAACAUGUCGAUCUCGUAUCACGCGUUUUCUGCCAGUUAACAGUUCUCUGUACAAAACUCAGGAAGGUUGUGGACCUGGCCAGAGUCGAUAAGGCCUCAUCAGAGCAGGUGUAUCUGAACCUGGAUGGCCUGAGAGUGUGGAGAGAACAGUUGCCCCUCGAAAUCCAAUUGUUCGACGUCGAAACUAGACAACCAUACAAUCGCGCUGUUGCUGAGCUCCAUAUAUUUUACCUGGUGACUGUCAUUUUGACAUGCUUCCUUGGCCGCCGGGACAACCCGUCGUUGUUCAAAUACGCUUCAAUGGCUGCUUCAUCUUGUGUUUCUCGGCUGUAUGAGGAGAUUCUCUAUCACGAGGAUGUUCAAUACCUACUGGCAAUGCAUACUUGGGCUAACCUCGUCGCCGGAAUCCCACGAGCUUUCGGAGACAGCGAUGUAUUGAACCCUGACCGCGAUGAGGAACUCAGAAUCAGCAAACAGGUGCUGGAAAUUAUGAGAGAGAAGCAUACCUCCGCUACUUUUGUACUCAACAAAAUCAACGGUCUCAACAAUAUGCGCGCAGAUUCGGUUCCCGCUCAAGCCGAUAACACGUGCGGUGCUCUUCCGGUGUCUGGGCAAAUUCAACUGGCUCAGCUAUUCCCUUUCCCCUCGAGGUUUUGCCCUAUGCUUAGGAUUCUAAGAACUGCGGAAGCUAGCGAAAACCAACCACCGGACGCGCUUCUCACUCUGCCUGAAGAUAGCAAUGAUUGGCCGAUGGAUUGGUCUUCCUUUUUGUUUGACGGUCCUAUGAGCUUCUAA